AUGGCGCCGUCGUUCUUGUCGCGCUGGCUGCCCUUUUCACCCUCCACCACGUCACUGCAGGCCGCGACAUACUUGCUUGGUAUCUGCCUCUUCAGCAUCUCCUUUCUCGUCUUCCUCAACAGCUCCAUCUCCUUCGUCGUCACCGACCUCCUUGGCACCAAGCACGGCGUCGGCAACAUUGUCGGCACCCUCGGCUUCGCCGACGAGCUCGUCGCCCUCGUCGCCUGCCCGGCCUGGGGCCUCGUGUCGGAUCGGCUCGGGGUUCGCUGGGUCGCCGUCAUUGGGUACAGCAUUAUCGCCGCCGCGCUUGCGCUUUUUGUGCAGGCCAAAAAUGUAUAUCCGCAGCUGCUGCUCGCGCGCAUCCUCUUUGCCGUCGGCGCCUCGGCCUCCGCCACCAUGGUGACGGCGAUUCUGCCCUCACUGACCAGUGAUGCCGGCGCCGCCAAGGAUAGUAAGCCGUCUCUGCCGAGGCUCGGGCGCAAUUCACGGCACAGCGCCGUCUUCUCGGUAGAAUCCGAGGCCACCAUUACACCAGAGCGGUACUCGCGCAGCAUAUCUCGCGAACGCGAUGAGCCUGCGCCCGAGGAGCCCACGGAAGCGAGGAAGCCAUCAGUAUUGGCUGGCUUUGUGGGCUUGUUCACUGGCUGCGGCGCUUUACUGGCUCUGGUCCUGUUCCUACCGCUGCCCGUCCGCUUCGGCGGCAUUGACGGCGUCACCCCUGGACAGGCCGUAUCGUACAGCUUCCGUGUCGUGUCCGCUGUGUCUCUUUUGGUGGCUGUCUUUGUAUUUCUCGGCCUGCGCAACCUGCAUGGUGAAGACGGCAAGGGUUGGCGCGUGCUCCUCGGUCGCAGGAGCUGGUACCAGACACAGUUGCAGCACGACUCCGACCAACACGAGCAGAAGGUGGUUCCCUACAUCAGUCUGCUCAAAGAUUCUGUGCUUUUGGCCUUGACCGACUCCAGGAUUAGCCUGGGCUACAUUGGCGGGUUCGUCGCUCGCGCCUCCACAGUUGCCAUUUCACUCUUCAUUCCCCUCUAUGUCAACACUUACUUCAUCAGCAACGGCUACUGCACAGGGUCGCCGCACGACCCCUCGCCAGAGCUCAAAAAGGAAUGCCGCUCUGCCUAUAUCCUCUCGUCCAUUCUCACCGGCGUCGCGCAGUUGAUGGGUCUCCUCUGCGCCCCUGUCUUUGGCUACGUCGCGAGCCGCAAGAGCCGCGUCAACUACCCUGUCAUGACGGCGACCAUACUCGGCAUUGUCGGCUACCUCACCUUCCCGCAGCUACAAAGCCCCGAGAUGAAGAAUGUUGACGGUCGUGGUGGCACACCGGCCGUGUUCCUCGUCGUCACCCUGAUGGGCAUCAGCCAAAUCGGCAGCAUCGUCUGCAGCCUCGGCAUUCUCGGCCAGGGCGUGCUUGCGGUCGACAUGCAGCGCACCUCGUUGCGUGACGAGGCGGUCCCGUCGCUGGCCCCCGACGAGGAUGAGACGGGUGACCACGACGGGUAUCGGAUUCGUAUCGCGGCUGACGAAGCCGCAGGCUCGCGCGUGCGCCUCAAGGGCUCCAUUGCAGGUGUAUACUCGCUCUGCGGUGGCGCCGCCAUCUUGCUGCUGACGAAGCUCGGCGGCUUCCUGUUUGACCGGGUGGAUACUGGCGCGCCGUUUUACAUGAUGGCUGGCUUCAAUGCGGUGCUGCUCAUUGCGAGCUUGUGGGUGGACGCUGCGCGAGCCUUUGCUCGCGUCUAA